CCGCCGCCGCCGCAGCAGCAGCAGUGGGCGACGACCCAACAGCCGAUGCCGCAACACGGCCACUCGUACGGCGCAGGAGCCAGCAGCUACUACCCGCAGGCUGCAGCGAUGCCGCAGGCUGCAGCGAUGCCGCAGGCGCCGCAGCAGCAGUACUACCCGCAGCAGCAGCAGCAGCAGCAGCAGCAGCAGCAGCAGCAGCAGCAGCAGCAGCAGCAGCAGCAGUACCACCACCACGGCUACGGCGGGUAUCCCGGCGGCAUGGCGGGGCAGAUGUACGCAGCCCAGCCGCAGAUGUACGCUGCGCAGAUGUACGGGCAGCAGCAGAUGUAUGGGCAGCAGCAGAUGUACGGGCAGCAGCAGAUGUACGGGCAGCGCAUGUACCCGCAGCAGCACGCGGGCAUGGGCCAAGCGCAGCCGCAGGGCGCAGCCGCCGCGGCGCCCAAGUCGCUGCAGCUCAACCCGACCACCGUGAACCCGCUUGACAACAUGUUCGGCAAGAAGAAGUGACGCGCCAAGAGAACGAGGGCACCGCGAUCGUGUGUACUGUACCCGGUGGGGGUUUGCUGUGGGUUUGAUGCGCCGUGUAGCUUGUAGGUGGUGUCUGGUGUGUUGCGUGCGCGAACCGCGAUCGCGGUGUCGGCGUCGUCCGUCGAGGCCGAGACUCUGACUGUGGCUCUACCGACGGCACGCACAUCUAUGUAUAGCCGGUUUAAAGCCGU